UCAAGGUCUUACCUGCACAUCCAUGAUGUUAGGCGACGUGUUCAUCUAGUUGUAUCCUGUUUAUAUCAUGGUAACUCCCGUAACUCGGAAGGACAACUUUCUGCUGGUAUAACGCCAAGCUGGCAAAACCAAUUUUCUAGGAAAUAUUUCACGUCUAAGAUAAUCGGGCAUAGUGGCUGACGACUGUCAGAAUUUACUCUCUGGUCUUUUUAUCAAAGUGGAGGCAAUGGCAGAUUCGAACUCACAACCUCACGAACAUACAUGAGUCCAAUGCUCUAACCACUGGAUCACACGACCCGCAAUAAUAAAAAAUCCUGGACACAUCUAUUGAAUGAGCCAUCUUUUUUUAAUACAUACUACUCCUGCAAUGUACUCUUUCAGAGUGAACAUUCUACUGUUUAUAUAGGAAUAUAGUCAUCGAUAAAGCAAGCACAUUGGAUCAGCAAAAGCAGAAUAUGGCUGAUACAGAACCCUUCCGUGUCAUCUUGUGGUGUGUGCCUCGAUCUGCCUCAACUGUUCUCACCAAAUGCUUUAGUUUCAUCGAAAAUACCCAGAUCUGGUUUGAGCCAUAUACCAUUGCCUUCUUUCAAGACUUCCAAUAUAUGCAAAGAACUGGUAGUUAUCUCCCUCGUUCUGCCGAUGACUUCGACACUGGAGAAUUCAUGAGGCAGAAACGAUAUCACGCUCAAGGGACUUCUCUUCAACACAUAUUUGAUCUGCCAACUGUAGACGAAACUCUCAUUUUGCGUGACAGCGUGAAGAGACAACUGGACACCAUACCCGAUGAUAAAUCAGUCUUCGUCAAAGACAUGGCGUACGGUAUCACAAACUUCCUUGACCUUCUACCUUCAAAGACAUCCGGGUAUCGACACACCUUCAUCAUCCGGAAUCCGAAGAAGGUAUUCCCGGCUUGGCGCCGACUCAUCAUCGCGCAGCUCACCAGCGACGAUAAAUCGACAAAUCCGGGACAAAUCUUCGACGAAACCGCGUUCGACAUGACGGCCGACGUCCAGUACAUGAUGCCAGGAUAUUCCUACAAGUGCCAGUACGAUUUGUGGAGACACAUCAAGGAAAAUUACGACCCAAAUCCCAUCGUCGUGGACGCAGACGACAUCUUAUCCGAUCCGUUAUCGCUACCAUCGAAGUUUACUGACGCAACGAAUAUGCCAUUCAGAGGCGCGAAGUCACUGAGCUGGGAUGCGAGCGCUGAUGUGGUCUCGCAGUGGAGAUGCUUUAUUCCUUUAGCAAGUGCCAGGCCGGGUGAUUUUAUUUAUCGAACGCACUCAAAAGCCAUCUUUAGCUCAUGUUUUGAAAGAAGAGAAAACCAGGAGCAGUCUGAGACUUAUCUCGAAGCUUCUUCAGAUGUGACGAAGUGUGUUGACGAGACAAUGCCUUAUUACAAGGAAAUGGCAAGAUAUAAAAUCAAUUGAUUGAUUUUGUUUGAUUCUAGGGGAAUUGAACUCAGACACGUACGGUGAAUUCCUACCCUAGAAAGAAAGAAAUGAUAAAUACCGUACAACAAUAUGGGCCAGUAUUCUGAAGUCGGGUUUAACUGAGACCAUUGUCUAAUGUUGUGCUGAAAAUUGUGGAAUGUCAACUAUCGUUAUCGCCGUUCCCAGGCAGUAAAAAUGGCUUUAAAGCCUAAUGAGCUAAUGCAAAUAUUCUUCUGUUAGAGAUUCAUGUCACAUUUGGCUAUCCAUAAACCACAACUAUAGAUCAGACUAGACUUCAAAAUACAGGCCUGUAACCAAAGCCCAUCUCUUGGCUAAAUUGAGAUAAAUUGAUAUGGGUUGGUUUUGCUUAUACACGAGCCCAAUAAGUGCCAUUUAUAUCCUGAAAUUCCACCUUUAAGUAAACGAAAUGAAUGAAAAACUGAUCGGACAAACGCCAAAUCGUCUCAUUUUUCCUUGAUUUACUCGAAAUGACCACUAAUUGCAUUUGGUCAAUGAUUGAUUGAGUGAUUGAUUUACCUAUUUAUUGAUAAGGUGAUUGGUGGAACAUGAAUGAAUUAUUGAUUGUUACCU